AUGGCAGCCCGCUGGGCGGAGCUCGACUCAUGUCUGGCAGAACUGAUGGCAGCGGCGACAACCAUGCGCCAGCUACGUCAAACACACCAUGACAGCAACGAACUCGAUGCCAGCAGUGAGACAAAGACCUCUCUACUGUCCCCAGACGAUCCCCUGGAAGCCCACUGCGCCCGCAACGCCGUCGUGGCCAAGCUGGCCAAGCUUCAGACGCUGGUCGCUGAUCCGUCCGAUCUGCUCUCACAGCUGGCGAUGCAGAAUCAGAUUCUCGGCUGCCUGCAUUGGCUUGGAGAGUUUCAGAUCUUGGCAUUCAUCCCACGUCUAGGCAGCAUUGCUCUUCAGGACGUUGCCGAGCUGGCUAGCGUCCCCGAGCCUCAGCUGCGCCGUAUUGUGCGCAUGAUGGCGGCCGUUGCCUUUCUGCGCGAGCCUCGUGUUGGCCAGGUUGAGCACACAGCGCUCUCUGCGCCCUUUGGCGAUCGACCAUCAUACCACGAUGCGUUGAGGUUCCUUACGAACACGGCAGCUCCAGCAGCGAUGCAAAUGGUGCCUCUGACCCAACGCAUGCGCCAGCAGCAGCUUCUACACGGAGCCGCAUUCAACGAUCUUCCCCUGGCUACUGGACUCGAGCAUCAGGCUGCCCCUCGGCGCCAGUGGCCUUCGUACGUACGAUAUGCGCUGGGGGAUCAGGACUCCAGCAUCGAGAGCAUACUGAAAUCCUUUGACUGGACAAGCCUCGGCGCAGCUACUGUUGUUGACGUAGGGGCCCGCUCCACCACUAUGGCAUGCACACUAGCAGAGUGCCAUCCAUCUUUGAACCUUGUGGUUCAGAUGAACGUACCCCCAGAAGUCGCUAGCCCAGACGCCGUGAGGAAUGUGAGAGUCGCCGUCCAAACCAGGACAUGGGCCAUGCCGCAGACGGUGCGACAUGCGGCUGUCUACGCCCUCCGCGUCCCCUACGACUUUCCAACUGUCUUUGCACAGUCCAGGCCAGCUAGACUGAGGGCCGAACUGGAAGCCCACCUCGGUGUUCUGAGGGAGAAUAGCGCGGCGAGGCUGAUCGUCACCGCACGACUACUUCCACGCUCCUCGGACAUAACAGACGACCUAGAUAGCGACGAUGGCGUUGUGAAAAUCGACGGGGAGGCUGUCAAGGCCCACGUGUUCGACAUGUCUCUGCUGCAACUGGCCAAUGACCGAGAGCUCGAGGUGGCGGACCUAAAGGAGCUGGUGAGCAGCGUGGGAGACGGCAGUGGGCAUCUGGUGUUGGGAGAGCAGCUGUGCGCGGCGGCGAAAACACCAACGCCAGCAUCAGUGGCAACAGCAGCGGCAGGGAUGCGGACGGAGUCUCCUUACACGGCGAGGGAUCGAGCCUUCGAGGUUCGCUAUCAGCGGGGCCGGCUUCCUAUAUGA